AUGGCCGGUGCUCAGUAUCGGACCCCGCCCCAGGCACCACCGCUCUUCACCGGUACUAUGGAGUCCGUGGUUGCCGAUAUCAACAGGAACAAUCAGCUCACAAAGAGCAUUUUGGACAAGGUAGUAGCUGCUGUGAAACCAGAAAAUGCCAAGUUUGAAAAUGUUCUUGAACCGGGCCUGGUCAACGAGAACGAGCUAUCACGAAGCUACCGGGUUGCCCAAUUCUACCAGUAUGUCUCUGCCGACAAGGAGCUCAGAGAAGCUUCGACAAAAGCACAGGAGAUUUCCGACGACUUCAAUAUCGAACUCAAGAUGAGAGAGGAUGUAUUCAAGCUCGUUGAUGCUGCGUUCCAAACUCGCGGCGCCCAAAAGCUCGAUGCCGAGUCCCUUCAUCUUUUGCAGAAGGAACGCCAAAAGUACAUUCGUAAUGGCCUUCUAUUGCCAGCCGGCCCUCUGAGGGACCGUUUCAAGGAAAUUCAGAAGCGGCUUAGUUUACUGUGCCUUCAGAGCCAGAAGAAUCUCAACGACGAGAUGGGUGGUGUUUGGUUCACCCCUGAGCAGCUUGAAGGUGUCCCCUCUGAUGAUAUUGAUAUUAGCCAGCUCGAAAAGGGCACCGGAGAGAACGAGGGCAAGGUCAAGGUCACUUUCAAGUACAACCAUUUCUUCCCCAUGAGCAAGUACGCUAUCCACGAGGACACUAGACGCACCUAUGUCAUUGCCGAAGCGAACAAGGUAAACAACAAUGUCCCCUUGUUCCACGAAAUCAUCGCCCUUCGAGACGAAGCUGCUCGUAUGCUUGGCUUCCCUGAUCACGCCAGCCUGGUCAUUUCCGAGAAGAUGGCCAAGACUACCGGGAGAGUCAUGGAUUUUCUCGGCGACUUGCGCCAGCGACUCGCCCCAGGCGGUGUCAAGGAAUCGGAUCGCCUGCUCCAGUACAAGAAGGAGGAUUGUGAGGCGCGCGGUGCACCAUUUGACGGCAACUUGUACAUGUGGGAUAUUCCAUUCUACUCUAGAAUUAUGAAAGAGAAGGAAUAUAGCGUGGAUGAGGCUGCAAUCUCCCAAUACUUCCCCGUUGAAAGUACAUAUCAAGGCAUGCUCAAAAUUUUUGAGCAGAUUUUCGGGUUUGUCUUUGUCGAGCUUAGCAAGGAGGAUCGCGCCAGACUGAGUCCUUCUGGCAAGGCGGAAGACAUGGCUUGGCAUGAGGAUGUCAUCGUCUAUUCUGUUUGGGACGACGAGGCUGCUGGCAGUGGAUUCUGCGGAUACCUGUACCUGGAUCUCCACCCCAGGGACAACAAAUAUGGUCACAAUGCCAACUUCAACAUUGAACCUGGCUUCCUUAACAAGGACGGAACUCGCAACUACCCUGCCACCGCUCUGGUGUGCAACUUUAGCAAGCCCAGCGCAAACAAGCCCGGUCUUCUCAAGCACCAUGAGGUGGUCACUCUCUUUCACGAGCUCGGCCACGGUAUCCACGACCUUGCCGCUCGCACCAAAUACAGCUACUUCCAUGGCACCAAUGUUGCCGGCGACUUUGUGGAAGCUCCCAGCCAGAUGCUGGAGAACUGGUGCUGGACACCCAGUGUCCUCAAGUUCCUUUCCCGACGAUGGGACUCGAAUGAGAAGAUCCCCGACGACAUGAUUGAGAAGUUGGUCAAGACCAAGCACUUCAACUCGGCCACCUCCAAUCUUACCCAAUUGCUGUACGGGCUUUUCGACAUGACUGUCCACACUCCCAAAACUCACGAAGAGGCCAAGAACAUGCCAAUCGCCAGGGUAUGGAACGAGUUCCGACGUGACAUUACUGGAAUCAAGGGCCCUGAAGCCCAGGGGCAAGGACUUGAAUGGGGCAAUCGGUUCGCUACUAUCGGGCAUUACACCGGCGGAUACGAUGCCGGAUAUUACGGCUACCUCUACUCCCAGGUCUUUUCCCUCGACAUGUUCCACUCAUUCUUCAAGAAGGACCCCAUGGAUGGCAAGGAAGGCCGUAGAUACCGCCAGCUAGUUCUAGGCCGUGGCGGCAGCCAGGAAGAGCUACAGACGUUGAAGGAUUUCCUGGGCAGAGAACCAAACACCGAGGCCUUUUACCAAGAACUGGGACUGGCGUGA